AUGGCAUCUGCAACAGAAGUGAACUUGACGUUAAACGAUGCCAAGGUCCUCACUGCCCUCUUCGACAGCGGAACCUCCAACUUCGCCCAUGCGGCCAUCAGCAGACAAGCAGAACCUCUGGCGGAUGUAAGCGAGCCUGAGUUUAAAAGGCUAUCCAAAAUGCAGUCAGAUGCCCUACGAACCAUCAACCACGCCAAUCCCUCCAAAGACACGGUUCGAACAGCCGUUGACACCCUCUCUCGGAUCCUGGAAGAGGAACCACGUUUUGCACCCGCCUACGCGAACCGCGCUCAGGCAACCCGGCUUCUCAUUGAUGGGGACGACAUCAUACGUUCUGCAAAUGCCAAGACUAUUGAGAACAUUACGCUGGACCUACAGCUCGCCAUUGACCUCGCGUCGCCUUCGUCUCCGAAUCAGCCAGUGAGCCCCACGCGGGCGAAGAUACUUGCCAGCUCGCAUACACAUAUGGGGUCUUUGCUCUUGCUGGCAUCUAGGGUCCAAGACCCGGACGAGGUACCCUCUAUUCUCAGGCCGGAGAGCGGGCGGUCAGCUGAGGAGCUGGCAAGUCAUCACUUUCGCUUGGGAGGUCUCUACGGGAACAAGAUGGCGCAGGAGAUGGCAAAUGUACGAGACAACUAUAACAUUGAUGGAUAUGAGGACAGGAGCUCCCUCAAAAUUACACUUAUCUUUACCGUAACAAGUUGGAAAUCGGGCAGAAAGCUCAAGAGGAUCGCGGCAAUGCCAACCACGAAGUUUCAAACUGAGGAGAAGUACCAAUAUCUGAACGGCUUCGGCUCAUAUCACGAGUCCGAAGCCAUAUCAGGGGCACUACCCGUCGGGUCCAAUUCGCCGCAGAAAUGCCCGUACGGGCUGUACGCUGAGAAGGUGUCUGGCACAGCUUUCACUGCGCCACGUUCUGAAAACCUGCAGUCCUGGCUCUACCGUAUUCUCCCAUCUGCAGCACACGAGAGCUUCGCCCCUUGCGGACUCGAUUCCGGUGCACAUUCCCUCGAAACGGAGCCGCUACAAUACGUCCCCGACCAGCUUCGAUGGAGCCCAUUUGCCAUCGACUGGAGCGUCGACUGGGUCGGGGGCCUACGCCGCAUCGGCGGGGCCGGCUCGCCGGUGAUGAAGAGCGGAAUGGGAUACUAUGUUUUCACGGCGGGCAAGGACAUGGAUGAGAAGACCGCCUUCUACUCGGCGGACGGGGACUUCCUCAUCAUACCGCAGACAGGCACCUUGGACAUCAAGACCGAGCUAGGCCAACUGCUGGUACGACCCAACGAAAUCGCCGUCGUGCCCCGGGGUCUCCGUUACCGGGUGACGCUCCACCAGGGGGAGCCUGCCCGUGGUUACAUCUGCGAGCUUUACCAGGGCCACUUCACGUUGCCGGAGCUGGGACCCAUUGGCAGUAGCUGCCUGGCCAAUGCCCGGGACUUCCAGGCACCGCGAGCCGCGUUCGAAGAAGACUUGGGUUCGAAAUGGAGCAUAAUCGCCAAGUUCAACAACCGGCUCUUCUCAGGUUCUCAAAGCCAUACUCCGUUCGAUGUGGUUGCCUGGCACGGCACAUACUAUCCGUACAAGUAUGAUCUGGGCCGGUUCAACACCAUCGGCAGCAUUAGCUACGACCACCCCGACCCUAGCAUCUUCACGGUCCUCACAGCGCAGUCACCCCAGGUGGGCACAGCAAUCGUUGAUUUUGUGAUUUUCCCUCCGCGCUGGCUUGUCCAGGAAGACACCUUUCGACCGCCGUGGUAUCACCGAAAUGUUAUGUCGGAGUUUAUGGGACUCAUCUCUGGAGACUAUGACGCAAAAGAAGGCGGAGGGUUCAUGCCCGGUGGUGCCAGCUUGCACAACGUCAUGAGUGGACAUGGUCCGGACUCGGCAUCUUUCGAGAAGGCGAGCAAGGCGGAAUUGAAGCCGGCCAAAGUUGGCAGUGGCAGCAUGGCAUUCAUGCUUGAGAGUUGUCUGAUGAUGGGAGUGACUGAAUGGGCACUCAAGACGUGCGAGAAAGUGCAAGGUGGCUAUAACUUGGAAAGCUGGAUGCCACUAAAGGUUCACUUCAAGCAUCCAGAGCAGAAGCACCACGUCUGGCGACAAGCAAUGACUGUAGCACAGGUCCCUGAACUCCCAUAUGCAUCUGCUUAUUUUGCCGCAUCACUCGCUGUUCGCGCGGGGCGGGCUCGGGGUGAACACCUCUCUGCCGAUCACCGAUCCCUCAACCCAUCCGGCUCGGAACCUCUGCUUGCCUGCCACACCACCUGCCGUGAAGGCUUCAGGAUCGGCCAAUCCGUCGCUGCGCUCGAGUACCUCGACGAAGCGCACCCGGACACAUACCCGCUAUUACCACCGGUGUCGGACCCCGAGGCUCGCGCUGCGGUGCGCACGCUCGUUGGGAUCAUCUGUACGGACACGCAGCCAGUGACGAACAUGCGAGUGAUGAAGGCGGUCCGGGCUCUGGGGACGCGGGAGGAUAGAACCGCGAGUUUGACGUACUGGGGAAAGUUAUGGAGCGGCUAUUAG